AUGACCGACUCUCAUAGCGAUUCCUCCAUCGAAAUCAUAAGCAGCAUUUCUUGUUGUGCUACAGAAGCUUCUGAAGAUGUGGUUGUUUGGAGCGUCAGCGAUGAAUACUCAUCGGAGAGUAGCGUUACCGACAGCGACACGGACUUUGUCCUGUUACCCCGUACCUCAGCGGAGGGCGCUCCUAACAAUGAUUCCGUCGACAGCACCCUAGAGGAUAGUAUGCUGUCCAUUCCAUUCAAUCUAUUAUCAGUCAACAAAGUGGAGUAUGAAUGGGAUACGAACCAAGUCCACAAACCAAAUCAAAACGUGGAACAAAUCUUGAAUCCAGCAAUGGAGGCAAGAACCCCCAAUGGUUCAUAUGAAGACGCUUCAGCGUACAUCACGCAGUACCUGGAUGCCCCUGUGAAGGAGAACAAUCCUGGUGCGAAGCUCCUGCUUCUGCAGGCUCUUCUUGUCGAAUUCGGUAUUUCCAAACAGCUGCCCGCCAGCAUAUCAUCAGCAACAAAACUUCUGAAGGCCUCGCUACAUGUCAAUAUCAACGAUUAUGUAGCGAAGCGGGGGAAAAAUCAAGGCGAGCUACAACAGAUCAUGCAACCCAGCAAGAAAGCCCUACGUAAGGAUCUUCGCCGAAGUAGCCGUCGGAGCUCCCUGAAGUGGGUGAAGGAACAUGGACUAAACGUACUUCUAAUCGGCUUCUCUCACUAA